GUUUAUAACAACUGGAUUAAAAUUCUUAAUCCUUUGCAAUACAAACAGAAUUAUGAUGAAAAUGAAGAUGAUCCUUUUUGUGAAGAAUCAUCCACUUCUUCAAAAACCAAUUCUUUCACUUUUUUAAUGUUAUAUGAAAAUUUAUCUAAUAAUACAACCGAAAAUUCAGUGAUGUUAGUGAAAUCAGGCGAAGAUUUCAAGAAAGCUAUUAUGUUAAAAAUCGAGAGAGAUGAUGAGAAUAUAGAUGCUGCAUCUAUAGAUGAGAACAUGUUCUGCUUGUAUUGCAAAGAUUUUAAUGGACUUGUGGCUUGUCGAGAACAAUUGGAGAAAGGAAAUAUAUCAUUCAAAAUUUAUCUUCUCUUUUCAAGUUCUAUGAAACAACAUUCAGUAUCUUUUGAUUGGAUUGAAUCCCACUCUCUAUCUGCAAAAUUAAUGAAAUCAUCUACCAGCUCCGGAAUUGUCAAACUGGACGCGAAGGGGAUCCGAUUGUUUGACUAUAAAGAAAUUUGGCAUAUGGAAGUUGCUGGUUCACUUUCAUUACCAAAAGUAGAUCAUGUAGUUGGCGAUACAAAGAAGUCAUUACAUAGUGACAUCUUAAAUCUUGUUUCACUCUUACUUGAUCAUUUGGGUGUUUCCAUUAAGAUCGCUACAAAAAUAAAAGUUUUCAGCAUACAAGCCAUCGGGUAUAGAAUUACAUUGUAUUCACUUAACAUUGUAGAAGAUGGUUCUUUUUUGGCAUCUGAAUUGGCUUCGGCUAUGAUUCCCUUCUCAUUUGAGGGA